AUGUAUAGUGCACAGCCGUGUCGACCGGCUCUGACUGCAUAUCCCGCUCUGAUCGACCCGAGACUCCAGCGCCUGGUUGCCAACAGUGGUGCCAGCCCCUCCGGGGAUUUAUUUCACUUUGCAUGGCAGACCACGAUGCAACGUAUGCCCAAAGCUGUUGACCUCUCGGACACUGGUCACCCAUUGCCUCGCAGGUCACCACCUCGACAAGUCGCUUCAAAAGAAAAAGGAAAAACAGUAUACAAUGCCUCACCAGAUAACAGGGAUGACGAGUCGGGCUCCUCCAGCCGCUUGCGAAGGAAUUCGACGGACGAGAGCAAUGAGACUGGUCACAGCGACCCGAGGCAAUGGUUCAACCAGUCCAACCAAAACCCCAGUUAUGAUAUGAACAACAUGGAAAUCGACUCGCCGUAUUAUCAAAGGACGUCAGGAUCACCGAAUGAUGCGGCGCUCGGGCCUGUGGCACCCCCUGGGAAUAUUGUCUUUCCACAGAUGACCAAAAAGCCGUCAUUGAGGCCCACUGUUACGCAAAGUAGCAGCGCAGAUGAGUAUAGGAGUGUGAUUGACGACCUUACGAUUGAAAACAAUCGGCUGAAGGAGGAAUUGAGGCGUUAUAAGCAGUUCGGCACUGAUCUCAUGAGAAAAGACAAGCUGUUUGAGAUCAAGGUACACGGACUUCCAGGGAAAAAGAAAAGAGAGCUUGAGGCUACGCUCCGUGAAUUUGCUUCGACGCUUGAAGGUUCGACAGACACGUCAAGGGGUGCCAAGAAGGCGUCCAAGAGCGGCAAAUUCAAGUCUUCAGGCGGAGCAACAUCAAAGCAUGCAUCUUCUUCAUCAUCAAAUUCACGUCCGGUCGACUCGGCGUAUGCAUCCAUGUCCACAGACCCCGGCACUGGCAACAACUCGACGGGCAAGUCACAGACCGGUCGAGCAACACACACCAGCAACUCAAAAUCUGCGAACCAAAAAGUCGAAAGCUACCUUGAGGACAUUCCUGAGGGGCUCUAUCCGCGGUAUCUAUCCAUGACAGAAAAGGACAAACAGAAACUGGUUGUGAGGCGCCUGGAGCAGUUGUUCACAGGUGAAAUGAAGGGACCUUCAAUUGGCAGCACCGAUCGAUCCCUAAGCAAGACUGAACCAGUGGCCGAGGGCAAUUUACCUAAAGCAAAGGAGGCUGCGCGUGAGGCACAAAUACAGGUCAAAGAUAAGAAGCGAACACGGGACAACGGAUCUUCAAACUCGCAAUCUAACGGCGAUGGUGGAAGCGGCGGUUCUGGUAGUGGGAGCGGUCAUGCCGGUGGUAAUGGUCAUGGAAGCGGCAGCCACAGCUCACCCCAGGAAUUACAAGCGUUAGAGCAACGGCCGACAAGACCACUGGACCUCGACCCAGAUAGGAUCCAAGUUCCAUCCGAAAACAUGGAAUAUAUUCGACACCUGGGCAUGGUACCGCCGGCUCUUCAGGCAGGAACCCAGGCGAGCCCGAUCAACGUAUCAAUGGAUGCCGAAGGUUGGGUCUAUUUGAACUUGUUAUGCAACUUGGCACAGUUGCACAUCAUCAACGUCACACCAGCAUUCAUCAGGGCUGCCGUUUCGGCCAAAAGCACAAAAUUCCAGCUUUCACCCGACGGCCAAAAAAUCAGGUGGCGUGGCGGGACGGAUGGGACGAGAUUUAGCAGCGAUAGCGGUAACACUUCGUCAAGGGAACGAUCAUCAACAGACGAGGACGAUGGCUCUGAUAAGAGUGGCAGCCCUGGAAAGAAGCGGAAGCAUCCCGACGACGAACCUGCUCGGACUGGACACAUUUCCAAGCUUAUCAGGGAAAACACAAGGUCUUCUAAUAAGAGCGUUCACUACAAGCCUAUGUUUGUACAGCAGACAUCAUUUGAAACAUCAGGCGAAGAAGGCUCAAGUUCACCCUCGGGCUUAGAAGGAAGCCAUUUCGGAAAUGGCCGCACAUCCGGCUGGGACUACAGCGGAUCCGACUCAUCGCCACGAAAACGUCGGCGGAUCGACGGUGCCAUUGUUUAUUACACUGGCGCUCCCUUCUGCACCGAUUUGUCUGGCGAUCCCGGCGAUAUCUCACCCGCGACAUAUAUGGCCUCAACAAACAUGACUCAAUCUAAUGAGAUGCCAAACUCCGAGCCCACUAUACACAGGACAUGGUCUGGGUCUUCUUUACCAUAUCGCCCCUUUAGUAAUAACCCAGCAAGCAUUAAGAUUGAGGCCUCAGAAGCGGCAGGUCUGGAUAACACUUCGGAUGAUUUUAUGGCUGAUGUGAGCAGUAACUCGGAUGACGAAAUGGAGUGGUAUGAGUCGGAUGAGGAGGAUGGCAGGGACCCAGAGCUGCCAUGCCUGGAGGCAUAUGGCCUAGGUGGUGUCCAGCCCGAAGAUCAUUUUUUAGUCGAGGUUAUUACACAUCGUCGCCGCGAUCAACAGAAAAACGAUGGCGAACGACCAAAGCCUUUCCGAGAACGAUCCGACAGCACUACGGCUUCUGUUCUGGAACGUAUAAAAUCACUCAAGGCUUCAUCGCCUCGGCCUAUCAGAACUGUUCAACAACCACAGGCUCGGGCCAACAUGAUCGAGUACAAGGCUGUGCGGCUCAACCGUUUGGAUCCCGUGGCAUUGCCCCCGGCGGCAUCGUUCGUACCGCCCUUCAGCACGAGCUCCUCGGACUCGGGUGUUGAUGAGAGCGAUGUAUUGGAGUCGGAGGAGGGGCGGGAUGCGGAACCCUGUGGGCCAUUCUCCUUCAUUCCUCCAUCCACUGGGAGGCCAAGCUUUUUUAGAACCGAAUCUAACUCGCUAUACCCAGACUCUGCAUAUCCCGAAGGACAAGACCUCUCACAGAGCGAUGAGGAGGAUGAGGCUGACUCAGAUGACGCCGGCAUCCUCCAGAUUGGAGGUAAUGGAAGCAGCAAGAACAAGCCAGGCAAGAAUGUAUCUGUGAACAGACAGCAGGGCUUAGAUAUGCACCUGCGGUCUGGGCUGGUGAGGCGCCCUCAGACCGACCUCAACAACGGCCCUUCCAAGCAGCCUGACGCCAGGACUCAAAGUUCCGUAGCCACGGCUGGUAGGGCUGAGAGUGGAUACAACAGCAGCUUGGAGGAUUGA